AUGUUCCAGCGCUCCUCUGCACGGUGGGUGGGUCUCUUUUCCCCCACCAGCUCUCCCUUGCGCAGUGGCUACAAGUACUUUGAGGACAUGUUUCCUAAGCAUGAGCCUGCCCCACGCUACGCGACAUAUGAGGAGCAGUCCCUUGGUGCCACUGUGAAGUCUCUUGAGCCAAAGAAGCAGUUGACGGAGUCAGAGAAGCUGCAUCAACUGCAUGAAUGGAAAAAGGAGGAGGACGGUCUCACCCCGCCACCGGAGUUUGGGUGGCCGGAAGAGUGGGGUCCAGAGCCGGGCGAGGAGGGUCAUAGUGAGUGGUACAAAAAGAAUCGCAUGUACAUGUCUUAUGAGGAAAAGUCAAAGUAUGACCUCCGCAUUGGUGUUCCCGUCGUGAAAAACUCCAUGCGGCACCAGGAGAUGCCGUACCACAAGCGCAUGAAGGCCGCCUAUCAUAAUUUGCAGGAAGAGAAGCCGCAGUGGUUUGAUCCACGGCAAAGAAAGUACUGGGCCCGCUACUCUUACGAAGACCAACGAGACUCUGUUGCCAAGUCGCGUGAUGAAUACUUGAAGGAGUGGCUUGAGCAGCCGGACGUAACGCAUGAAAAUGUGGCAAAAAAAAUAGGGGACUACAACGGCACAGCAAAAAAUCAAAGUGUGAAGCCUGUGCAGCGACGCCCUGAAUGGGAGCUGGCACCCAUGAAGGGGAAUGACUAA